CGCGGCGCGGCCAAUCCCCGGCGGGGCGCGGGCGGUGCCUGCCCGCCCUGGGGCGCCCCGGAGUGCGGCGGCAGCUGCUGAGUGGAUCCGUCCCGGUGGCGCUUUGCCCUGCCCGGCCCCGUUCUGCUCCAUGGAGGCGGCUAACGGGGCCCUGCCCGAGGGCGCGGCGGGGGGUUCCAGCGGCAACGUGACCGCCUCGUCGGGCAAGAAGGAGGUGAAGGUCGUGAUCGUGGGGGACGGCGGCUGCGGGAAGACGUCGCUGUUGAUGGUGUACGCCAAGGGCGCCUUCCCCGAGCAAUACGCCCCGUCCGUCUUCGAGAAAUAUACUACCAGCGUUACGGUGGGCAAAAAGGAGGUCACCCUGAAUUUGUACGAUACCGCAGGGCAGGAGGACUACGAUCGGCUACGACCACUUUCUUACCAGAACACAAACGUUGUGUUAAUUUGUUACGAUGUCAUGAACCCCACUAGCUAUGAGAAUGUAGCAGCUAAGUGGUAUCCUGAAGUGAAUCACUUCUGCCGUGGUGUCCCACUCGUACUGAUUGGCUGCAAGACAGACCUUCGGAAAGACAAAGAGCAGUUGCGCAAGCUCAGGUCUUCUAAGCAGGAACCCAUUACUUACAACCAGGGUGAAGCAGCUUGUCAGCAGAUUAAUGCAGAAGUUUAUCUGGAGUGCUCAGCAAAAUGUCGUGAAAAUAUAGAAAAUGUUUUUAAAGAAGCAACAACCAUUGCACUGAACGCCAUGAAAAAAGCCAAGCGCCAAAAGAAACGGACAGUGUGCUCAGUGUUAUGAUCUGGACUGCAAGAGAGUAUCAACUGCACAAGAGCCGAGCAACUUGGAUUUUAACAAAAGUAUAACUUUAAAGACCAUUUUUUUCAUUACAUAUUUUCAUAUUCCUAGAACAAUUUUUAUUUUAAAAUUUUAAUUUAGUAUUUUUGCACUUUCGUUGCACUGCUUUCCCAAAGUUUUCAAAGCUCUUUAUCAAGGUUAACUGAUGCUGCAUGCCUUUGUCCAUCUGGCUUUUGCUCCUAACUGCAAACGACCACCACUCAAGUCUUGGACUCACUGUUUAAAUGGCAAUGAACAGCAACUGCUACUAUAUGACUUAAUUAGUGGGGUUUUUGCCUCAGCAAAAUAAUUGUGGCAUGCUAUAACUACAAUUUACUGUCUUUUUCAAGCAGAAAAGCUGAAAAGCCACAUCAGGCACCUUUGAAGAGACAAAAAUUAAGUUCUGUCUUAACCUUUUCAAAUUAAUUUACUUAGUGGCAGUGGUAUGAGUUAGCCUCAAGCUGCCCCCAGAGAGCAGAGAUGGAGCAGCUACUACGUGUAAUGUAAAUUACAGUUUUACAAUAAGCUUAUAUAGCUUAUUUAAUACAUGACAGAUGCAAAUAUUGGUGCAUGCUAGGGGAAAUACUUAACUCCUCCAUUAACUGAUGAAGUAAUCUUUACUGCUAUAAAUUAAAAUCUUCCCUUUGUGAUGAAGGUGUCAGUUGUCUGUUUAAGGACAAGGGAUGCUCCCACACAUGCUGCCUCAAAUCUCCUAGUUCUUCUGCACAUCUCAUGCAGUGAGAUCUCAGAUUCCAGGAGUCUAAUAGACAAACAUCACACAUAGAACCUGGUAACUACAUCAGACAGAUUUCAUGCAGCUUUAUCCUCUGCUGGAUACAUGACCAGCCGCUGAAAACCUGUUUUGGAGCAAGCCAUCAUUAUUAUUUCACUUGCAGGGUAGAGAUCUUGAUCCUUGAAGUACUACUUUUUUUCCUUUCUUUCUUCCCCUAACUUGUUUUGAUUUAAUUAAGGUUUGUGAAUCCCUAUACGCUUAAAAUGGAAAAUUAAAAAAAAAAAUUACAAGUUUGUGCACAUCUUUGCCUGUUGAAAAAUCUGGAAGAAUCAUGCAGCCCUUUCUCCAUGAGAAGACAUUUGUCAGUAAGACACAGAACCGCACAUGACCUUACCCAGAACGAAACUGAAACAUCAACGCGCAGGAAGUUACCACGUUUACCCUCAUCUCCACGCCAGGAAUCUUUGUUGCUUUUUUAAUCUGAGGUUUCUCAUGCUGCAGAACUCCAGUUACUCACCAUGUGCAGAGCUCCCCACCCCUGGAGAACCAGGUCCACUGCUCAGAUCCAGCAGGUUCCAGCAUCACUCUCAAAAUAAAACAAUUUACAUUUCGUAAAUGGAGAAGUCAAAGGAUAAAAAAACCAAACCCAAACCUCACAGGGUGUGCAAAAGUCAAAAGUUACAGCCCAGCUAGUGUGAAAGUUGUUCAAAAUAUGCAAAUUGCAAUUUAUUGUUCAUGCCCACAGGACAG